AUGCGGAUAGCGCCGUGGCCGUGCACUUGUACUCUCUUGCUCUCGACACUUGCCGCAGCCCAAGGUACUAGCAACAAAGACGACACCCGGAAUUGCUUCUACCCGAACGGCAUCCAGUCCAGUGGCAGCCCAUGCUUCCCCGACCAAGCCGUUUCUCCAUGCUGCGGCCCGGGCUUCAUCUGUCUUUCCAACGGUCUCUGCCAGCCGGGACCAGACACUCGCCGUUCCUAUCAAUACACCGUCUACCGCUCGUCCUGUACAGACCGGACAUGGAACUCGACCGAUUGCCCACAAGUCUGUCUCGGAUCUUCCGACACACUGGACGCUGGCCAAGGCCUGGCAACGUGCGGCACUGGCGGCUCCUACUGUUGCGGCAGGGGAUAUGACUGCUGCAGCAACGCAACCAAUAUUUUCACUUACGGAACUGCCGAAGUCGUCACCACCAUACCGUACCUCAGCUCCUCCACCGCCUCGGCAACCGCAUCUGCGACCACCACGGCGUCCUCGUCCUCCUCGGGUAAUGCUGUUGCGAUAGGUGUAGGCGUCGGCGUGGGUGUGGGAGGCUUCGCCAUUCUUCUAGCCACCAUAAUAGCCUUCCUUAUUUUCCGCCGUCGAAGGCGAGAACGACGAAAGGAUGGCGGCUCUGGACCGAGCAACGAUGAGGAACGCAACACACCUCACGGCUCUGAGCUGCCAACGCGAGAGACAAAGGAUGACGGCGGCGCCAACAGCAGCGUAACGUCGCCGCCGCCGACAUACCAGUCUGAUUCGCAUCUUCACAGCCCUCUGAAUAGUCCGGGCGGCGAGAUGGUGCCUGGCGCGCCUCUAAAUCCGGCCGAGUUCCCCUCUGGACCAGAGCGGGAAAGGUAUGAAAUGGAGGGUCAACAACACGCAGAAUGGAAACGAAUGGAGAUGCGUAGCGAUGGACAAAGACAUGAGUUGGCGGGAUAG